AUGCCCUUCCGGCUGAAGCUGCGGCGCACGCGGCGAUACAACGUCCUGAGCAAGAACUACUUUGUGACGCGGAUUCAGCUCCUGGACAACACGGUGAUCGAGUGCACGCUGUCUGUGGAGAGCACCGGGCAGGAAUGUCUGGAGGCCGUGGCCCAGAGACUGGAGCUCAGAGAGACCCACUACUUCGGGCUGUGGUUCCAGGGGAAGACCCACACUCCGAACCAUCGCUGGGUGGAGCUGGAGAAACCGCUCAAGAAGCAACUGGACAAAUAUGGCAACGAGCCGCUCCUCUUCUUCGGAGUCAUGUUCUACGUUCCCAAUGUGUCACUUUUGGAACAAGAAGUCACCAGGUAUCAGUAUUACCUUCAGCUGAAGAAGGAGGUGCUGGAUGGACGUCUCCACUGCACAGUUGAGCAGGGCAUCAGACUAGCAGGACUAGCAGUACAAGCUGACUUUGGAGACUACACUCUCUUCAAGUCCCAGGACUUCCUCAGAGAAUACGUGCUUUUCCCUGUGAAUUGGCCAAAUGGUGAUGAAGUCUUGGAGGAGUGGACGCAGAGGGUCGCAGAAGAGCACAAGAGUCAUCGUCAAAUGCAUAUUCCGGAAGCAGAGCUGCGGUACAUCAGAGAAGUGGAGAAACUGGAUGGAUUUGGACAGGAGAGCUUUGCUGCAAAGGACAACUACACAAAUGACAUUUUCAUUGGCGUCUCUUUUAUUGGAGUUUUUGUUAAACACAGAAAUGGGAGGUCGAUCAUGCUCCACAGAUGGAAAGACAUCGGCACGAUUGCACACAACAAAUCAGCCAUCACCGUGGAGAUAACGAGCAGAGACGACACUAUCAACUUUCACAUGGAGGAUAUGGAAAUGGCAAAGUACAUUUCUCGUCUUUUCACGUCCAGACAUAAGUUCUACAAGCAAAACAAGAUCUGUGCUGAGCCCACCCACUCCCCAGCACCUAUUCGAAGACGCUCCACUUGGACUCACCGUCUUUCUCUGCCACGGCCUCAAUCCUGCAAUUUCCAGCCAAUGCGCUCGCAAUAUGGAGAGCACCAUCAGGAUAUACAGAGCUCUCAAGACAGUAUCUUCCCUGAUGACCCCUACUACAAAUCAGAAACCAGUCUUGACAUUUGCCAAAUGGACUUUCCCUACCGCAACGGCAGUGUCCCUAAUGGAAGCAUGUACAGCAGCCCCAGCUUGAGCUCUCUAAACCACUCCCAGACCUUCAUCGCUCCAUCGCCCAUGUCCUCCAACCUGAGCAUCCCUGGGAGUGAGCUGAUGCGGCCGGACUACCUCCCCAGCCAUCGCCACAGCGCCAUCAUCGCCCCGUCGUACAGACCCACCCCCGAAUAUGAAACUGUGAUCCGGCACAAGAGGCGCAUGCUGCCGGCGCAUCAGGACCUCCACAGCCAGUCCCUGCGCAGCCUCAACAUCAGUAACGCCUGUGCUUAUAGACAGCCUGAGGUCCUGGUGUACAGCCAGCCAGAGAUGAGGGAGAGGGGGCCGUAUCCUAGCUGUCCUGGACCCUACACGGCGCAGAUCAGCUACAGCAAACCUGUGUCCCAUGGCCCUCAUCAAGGAGGCCCUGCAAACUCACCCGGCCCGGCUGCGGUCUGCGUUAACGGAGGAGGUGUCAGCGCUAACGGGAGCUCUAUAUCUCACACUGUUAGCACCCCUGAGUUGGCAAACACCAAACAAGGACCUAAUACAGGCAGCUACGCCGCUACCGCUAACAUGCUACGGAAUCACCUGUCGCGGCCGCCUCCUCCGUACCCCUCCAACUCUUUCAGACCUGCCACCAGCACCCCAGACCUGGCCAGCCACCGACACCGCUGCAUCGGAGGCAGCAGUCCCGAGCUGGUCACGCGCAUGGUCCAGCUAUCGGUAAAGACUUUCCAGCCGGAUAGCUCGGCCGUGGUGCACCAGUCUCUGCAGGAGGCCAGUGAACCGCUAACGGCAGCGGCUAAGCAUCGCUCCACACUGGGCAAAAGGCACAGCAUGGAAGUGAUCAGCAGCAUGAGGGCGGGGGCCGUGGAGGGGCUGGUCAUGAAGAGUAUCAACGCUCCUCUGUUGCGGCGGAACACUCUGAGAGAACACGUCGUACCGCCACAAGCCAUACCGCAGCCUCCCCCUCCCCAGCCGCCUCCCUCCCAGCAGUUAAAGGACAUCCCAAAACAGAUGCCUACCCAGAAAUCACCCGAAACGCCUCCUCCUCCUGCUGCUGCUGCUGCUCCGGUCGCAUACCAGCAUCAGAAGACCCUCUCCAACGCCACUAUGCUCAUUCACAGCAGCGAGAGUGAAGAGGAGGAGGAAGAGGAGAGGCCAGAGCUGGACGUUCAGAUCCCAGGUUUGAACGAAGACAUCAGUAUUAGCGCUCAGCUGCAGGCCGCUCUGGCGAAACUACCAAACAAACCUCCACCGGAGUACCCAGGUCCCCCGAGACCACCGAGCUCGGCCCAAAUGCGCACCAACCACCCUCACAACCACAAUCAGGCCAAUCACACCCCCGUGGAUCCUAAUCAAGUCCACACCAGAGCACUUACAGGUGGGCCAAGCCAGAACUCUGUGCCGAAUGGAGACGAUGGUAACGAGGCUGGGACUCUAACGCGUGCGGAUCAGAGCGUGGUGAAUGGGGGCGUUUUGGGGCCCUCCAUUUCUGAACCGGAUCUGACCUGUGUGAAGGAGCGAGUGCGGAAGGAGCCGGUGAAAGAGAGGCCUGUUUCUGAGAUGUUCUCCCUGGAGGACAGCAUCGUGGAACGGGAGAUUGCUCAGAGGACGCUGGAGAGACAAAAGCUGUCCGUGGACUCGGUGAAGAGGCCUCUGAUGAAGCCGGCUCUGAAUGGGCUGUGUGUGGCCCGGAUGCCCGCCCCAGAGAGUCCCGCAGAGAAAAGUGCCAAAUCUGCAACGGAUGAAAGGUGUAAGACUUUGGAGAUGAAGCUGGAGGAGGAGCAGGUCUUCACUGAGUACGAGCAGGUGCCAAAGAAGAGAUCCGACUGUUCUGUAACCACGGCGACUAUGCCUGAAAACACUGAGCGUAAUCGCUUUCGGGAUGUGGUCCCGUAUGAAGACAACAGAGUUGAACUGGUUCCAAACAAGGAGAACAAUGCGGGUUACAUCAAUGCUUCACAUAUUAAGAUGGUGAUCCGAGGAGAAGAGUGGCACUACAUUGCCACCCAGGGCCCACUGGCCAACACCUGCGCAGACUUCUGGCAGAUGGUCUGGGAGCAGGGGGUCAACGUCAUUGCCAUGGUUACUGCUGAGGAGGAGGGCGGCCGCUCUAAGAGCCAUCGCUACUGGCCCAAACUGGGCUCUAAGCACAACUCUGCCACUCAUGGCAAGUUCAAGGUGACCACCAAGUUUCGAACAGACUCCGGCUGCUAUGCCACAACAGGGCUAAAGGUCAAACACCUGCUGUCCGGACAGGAGAGGACCGUGUGGCACCUGCAGUACACAGACUGGCCUGAGCAGGGCUGUCCCGAAUACGUCCAGGGAUUUAUCUCCUAUUUGGAGGAGAUUCAGUCUGUAAGGAGGCACACUAACUCUAUGCUGGACACGUCCAAGAGCCUCAACCCCCCUGUGGUGGUGCACUGUAGUGCUGGGGUGGGCCGCACUGGAGUGGUGAUCCUAACUGAACUCAUGAUCAGCUGCCUGGAGCACAACGAGCACAUGGACGUCCCAGUUCUGCUGGCUAAACUGAGGCAACAGAGGAUGAUUAUGGUUCAGACCAUCUCCCAGUACAACCUGCGUAGAGAGAGGCGGAGUGUAAUGUGCCUUAUGAAAGCAGCUGUCUUUGUGUUGGAGAAACAGGUCACUCUUUUACCUCCAAAGAGGAAAGUCUUUAUCGGUGUUUAG